UCAUCAGUGUACAGUACACAUUUUACAAAGGAGAUUGUUAUGGUAAACACCGACAUCGGAGUGCUCCGCGAUUUUACAAAAAUGUGAAAUAAAAAUAAAUUUUAGGGGUAAAUGGAACUUAUUUUUGUGCAAGUAUAUAUUUUGGAAAGAAGAAUUCAACAUUUGUAAUGAGUUAUUAAAGCACAAAUGGAAUUGAUGAAUACAUCAAAUGCACCUGCAGUUUGAGAGAGGAAUGAAAAUGUGCGGAGUUAAUCGAGUGGAGUUGAUAGUUGCCGUGUUGGCACACUUUCUUAUAAAUGUUGCUGCAGUCUGUUCAAAUAAUGCUGUAGUAACAUUAAAGUAUGAGCUAAAAGAAGGUCUGCCACCAGGAUCAGAAGUUGGAAACAUUGCUGAAAGGCUUUCUUUUAUGGGAUAUCCUAAUUUAGGACCGCCAUAUACUGAAUUUUUCUUUUUGGAAGAUUGGGUAAAAGAGGUUUUUCAGAUCAAUUACAGCACUGGAUUAAUUACAGCAAAACGCAGCUUGGAUAGGGAGACAAAUGAUUCCUUUUCAUUUUCAAUACAAAAAGGGGAAGGAUAUAUAUGUAUUAAUGUGACUGUUCUAGAUAUAAAUGAUAAUGCCCCAGUGUUCUCUUUGCAGGACAAAAAUUUAAGUGUUCCUGAUGGUGCACCCCAUCAUAUAAUAUAUUUAAGUAUUCCAGAAGGAGCACCACAUCAUAUAUUUUCCCUAGGAAGCGUACAAGAUAAGGACAUAGGUGAGAAUACCAUCCAAGGCUUUAGGUUUGUGUCUGCAAAUGAUGACCACGCAUUGAAUGUUAAAGGCAGAUAUUCAGGCCCUCAGAAGGUACUUUUGGAUUUAGUUGUGAACGGAACAUUGGAUUAUGAAACUACGCCACAUUAUACAUUGUUAGUGGAGGUUUAUGAUGGGGGAAAAGCCCCUUGCUCUCAUUUCAAAAAUAAUAAAAGUAAAUUUUCAGCACCCAAAUUUGAAAACGCAACAAGGGGAACCAGUGUUCUUCAAGUACAAGCCACUGAUAUUGACCAGAUAGAUCAAGGAAAAAUAACCUACUCUAUAGACAGUAAGAGCAAUCCUGAUGGAGUUUUUGUGAUAGAUUCUGUCUCUGGUAUUAUUACAUUGGACAAACUUCUAGAUUAUGAAACUAAAAAGUAUUACCAAAUUAUAGCUAUUGCUAGUGAUCAAACCAACCCAUCUCGGGCUGUCGUUGAAAUUGAAGUGUUGAAUAUUAAUGAGAUUCCAGCAAAUAUAUAUAUUACCUAUCUUACUUCUGAUGCAACUCCUAGAAUUCCAGAAAAUGCACUAAAAGGAGUUGUGGUUGCCAGAGUAUCUGUCAGUGAUCCAGAGGCUCCAGAUACAGAUAAUUCAGAUAUAGCUGUAAGUCUGCAGGGUGGAGAAAAUCGCUUCAAACUAGAACCUACAAGUAGUGGAACAUUUAAACUACUUGUGGAUCAGCCACUGGAUAGAGAGAGCAAGGCCGUUUAUAAUCUGACACUGGUUGCAGCUGAUUCAGGUUCCCCACCACUUUCAGCCUCCAAGUCUUUCCUAUUACAAAUUUUAGAUAUAAAUGACAAUGCCCCUAUAUUCAGUAAGAACUUUUUACGAGGCUGGUAG